ACAAAACACAUCUUUUGUAAACGUCAAAAUUUUAUAUGUAUUUGUUGGGUGAAUUUUUUAUACUAAUUGUUUUAUAUUGUAAUUGUAAAUUCCACGCAGUUAAUCAUAAAAUUGUCUCUCCUAUAAAUAUAAGGAAAAUGUGUCCAUUUUGUAAAAAAAAGAAGCUAUUCAAAAGAAUCGCUCUUGGUAUACACACCAAAAAGAAUUUUAAUUCCGAGUAUUUAGUUAAAUAAUAUCAAGUUUAAAUAAAAAACUAUUUUUUCAAAACACUAAAAGCUCGGUUUUUACAAUCUGUAGUGGAAGCCAGGAGCUUAAAAACAGCGACAACACCUUUAAAAUUCUUUUUGAUAAUUGUUAAAACAUCCCUUCAUCACCUUUUGGAUAAUCUAGAAAAACAACAUCUGGCCGAUAUAACGUAAGUCCUAAUAUCAUGGAUUCUUCAUAUUCCUUACAGGGUCAACCACCAAACCUUCACCAAAUACAAAACCCAACCACAAAAUCUUCUAUCAUCUGCAAAACAUGUCAAAAAUCAUCAGACAACAAUAGCGCCAUAUUUUGCGAUAAAUGUAAGUUAGCAUUCCAUUCAAUAUGUGCCAACGUAGAUAAUAGCCAACCUCAACGUACAUGGCUUUGCAGGAACUGUUCUACACAACAACAAAUAUCAUUCGAUUCACCUCGUUCCGUUCGUACCUGCUCCUCAAACUCAUCACGUGCAUCCCAUUCCCGUAUACAUGCCUUAGAAUUUCAACGCCUGCAGGAAGAAACAAAUCUUGAAAGAGAAUUUAUUCGGAAAAAAUACCAAAUUCUUGUACAGGCAAAUGAAGACGAUGGUGAUAUGACGUCAUUAUCAAAUUCCGUACAUGAGUGGCUAAAUGAACAACAGAAUCGUACUGAACAUCACACAAGAUCUGAAGAACAAAAUUUUAAUGAAACAACAUAUUUUGCAUAUCCCGAACGAACUGCAGUAUCAACUUUACCUACCCAGCCAUCUUUAUCUACCCAGCCAACAUAUGACAAUAACAACACAGCAUCGAACUGUUCAACGUUUAUUAAUAAUCCAUCUCAAAAUAAUGUAUAUACUUCAAGACAAAGAAUAAAUGACAUUUUAAAUAAUAAUUCAAACAUCGAAAUUCAAACUCAAGUGCAACCAGAGCCAAAUGUUCCCUUUACAGGUCCAGCGUUUCCCGUACACCCAUAUAUAUCCUGUCCAAAUAUGGACUCAUCUCAUUAUACUACAACAAAUCAAUAAACACGAUCAGCUCCGCCAAUGGAUUUUCGUUACAAUGAACCUACGUUUCAUAUGCACCCAUCGUCUACCUUAAGGUCAAAUAACCUCUCACACCAACAAAUGAAUGCACGGCAAACUAUGCCAAAAGAUUUACCGACGUUUACGGGCUUGCCUGAAGAAUGGCCACUCUUUAGCUCAACAUAUAAUUGGUCCACCAAUAUUUGUGGCUUAACAGAUGCAGAAAAUUUGGUUCGGCUACAAAGAGCAUUACGUGGAGAAGCUUUGCGAUCUGUCCAGCAUAUUUUAAUUCACCCCACUUGUGUACCAGCCGCUAUGUCAACCCGAAAAAAUAUUAAGUUCUCUGAAAAACAAAAUAAAAUUACUGCAUGCUGUAAACUCAAACAAAUUACACACAAUUACUUCUUUCGCAGUUGAAGUUAAGGGUUUGGAAACAACAAUUAAGGCUUCUGGUUUAUUAGAUGAACUUAAUAACUCUUCACUAUUGCAGGAAUUAAUUGUCAAAAUGCCAUCUUAUUUUCAGUUGAACUGGGGCUCACACAAAACAGAAUUGAUAAAGAAAAAUAAAAAGGUUGAGAGUAACAGUAGUAUAUUGACAUCGGCAGAUCUUUAUUCAAACAAAACAAGAAAUGUACAUGUUAACACACAUGAUGCACAAAGUAAAAGAAAUUGCAUAGUCUGUUAUGAACAUUGUGGCAGUGUUGGAAAAUGUAAAAAAUUCUUAGCAGCAGAUAGAAAUGAAAGGUGGAAUUUAGUGAGAAAACUCAACCUCUGUAAACUUUGUUUACGUCCACAACAAAAUUUUUUUUCUAACCAAAAUUCGAAUAAAAAAUAACCAAAUUAAGAAAAAAGUAAACAAAAUUAUUUUUAUUUGUUUUAUGUUUACAUUUGGACAUUAAAAUAACAAAUU